CUGGCCGGCGUCAGGCACAUCAUCCUGGUGCUCUCAGGCAAGGGUGGCGUAGGGAAGAGCACCAUCUCUACCGAGCUGGCCCUGGCCCUCCGCCACAUGGGCAAGAAGGUGGGCAUCCUGGAUGUGGACCUGUGCGGGCCCAGUGUGCCACGCAUGUUCCGGGCACAAGGCUGUGCUGUACACCAGUGUGACAGCGGCUGGGUGCCUGUGUAUGUGGAUCAGGAGCAGAGUGUUGCACUCAUGUCCGUGGGCUUCCUGCUGGAGAUGCCUGACGAAGCUGUGGUGUGGAGGGGUCCCAAGAAAAAUGCGCUUAUCAAGCAGUUCCUGUCUGAUGUGGCCUGGGGGGACCUGGACUUCCUGGUGGUGGAUACGCCUCCAGGGACGUCAGAUGAGCACCUCUCCGUGGUGGAGGCCCUGCGCCCCUACCAGCCUCUAGGUGUCGUACUGGUCACCACUCCCCAGGCGGUGUCUGUUGGGGAUGUGCGGCGGGAGCUGACCUUCUGCAGGAAGACGGGGCUGCAUGUACUCGGCGUGGUGGAGAACAUGAGUGGUUUUGCAUGUCCACACUGCGCGGAGUGCACCAAUGUCUUCUCCACUGGCGGUGGGGAGGAGCUGGCCAAGCACGCAGGGGUCCCCUUCCUAGGCUCUGUGCCCCUGGACCCUCAGCUGGCUCAGAGCCUGGAGGAGGGCAAGGACUUCAUCCGGGAGUUCCCCAAGAGCCCCGCCUUCCCAGCGCUGGCCUCCGUGGCACAGAAGAUCCUGGACGGGGCGCAGAAGCAGGGCCCUGACUAA